GACAGUUUGUUAUAGAUUUUGAUUAGGCGAGUUUUGGAUUCAGAAAAAUGCAUUAGAAUUAUGGGAAAAAUUGUGUUAUUUUGAAAUUUGAGUUAUUUUACUUAUAAAAUUUUCUAUCUGCAAGAUAUUUUAAGUUAAAAUAAAUAAAUCCAUAAAGCUUUCAAGAUUUGGACAUAAUUUGGUGGCUGAACAAGAACCUAACUUUAAAUUCCAGGUAGCUUUAAGAACAUAAAUUAUACUUUUACAAAAAAAAGUAUUCCUAAUAUUUUUUGAAAUGUUUUUUAUUUAUAUAAUUGAAAUCCUUAAUUAGCUUUUCUAAUUUUACGUGUUCUAAGUUAAUCUAUCAAUUUUUGAUAUCCAUAUUCUAAUUAUAUCCAUAUUCUGAAUCAUUCCUACUUUCAUUUUACACGAUGAGCACACUUCAAGCAGCUGCUCAUGGAAGAAUUGUUCAACUAUCUCGUAUCAGAAAGGAAAUUGCCGAUCUAGCAAAAAAUAAGCGACGUUUUAUCAAGGAUUUCCGAAAAAUUGAAAAGUGCAAGGAUAUCUUCCAAUUCAAAAUUAUUGGUGAUGGAGUUCUGUACAAGAAUAUGAUUUUCACAUUGACUCUAGAUGUGAAUGUCGAAUAUCCAUUCAAACCUCCAUAUUUGAAAUUUUGCCAUAAUGUCUAUCAUCCAAAUGUUGAUCCAGUUACGUGUGAACUUUGCUCGCCCAUGCUACUUCAAGAGAAUUGGAAACCGGAGACCACCAUGGAAGAUGUCCUUCUGAACCUGAUUGUUUUGCUCAAUGAGCCGGAUCUCUCACGUCCUGUGAACAUAGACGCCGCCCACGAUUAUAUCCAUAACAAGGUGGAAUUCGUGAAAAAGUCCACCGAAUUGGCAAAGAAAUGGAAUUGAAGAAACUGAUUUGUGAUUAAAAAUACUGAAAUUUUUGUAUAAUUUUAUAGAAAAUAAAGUCAAUAUUCAGUUG